AUGGCUAACACGGUAUACGUGAUCACCGGCACCAACAAGGGCAUCGGCCUUGGUCUUGUCAAGACCUUGCUCGCCCGUCCUUCCACCACCAUUGUUGGUUCCGUUCGUAACGACGCUGCUGCGGCGUCUCUCAAGUCAAGUAUCGCCGAUGUCAAAAAGGGAGAUAAGAGCGAGCUUCAUGUUAUGCUCCUCGACCUCUCGACAGCUCCCUCGCCCGCUGCCGUACGCGAAGCUUUUACAGUAGCGACCGCGGGUACCAUCGACCGUAUCGAUAUUCUCGUCAGCAAUGCCGCAGCCCCCUUUCCCAUGCUUCCGAUUGCGACAACCCCGGUCGAAGACUUCCGAAAAGCUUUCGAGAUCAAUACAAUUAGCCCCUUGAUGGUCUUCCAGGGUCUCUGGCCCCUGAUGGACAAACCCCGCUCCGCGACCGAUGUCCCGGCCAAGUUCAUCGGCAUCACGUCUUCAGUCGGUUCAAUUGAGACACAAGAGCCGGUACCCGGUGGCGCCUAUGGCCCAAGCAAGGCCGCGCUGAACCACAUUACAAAAUCUCUCCACGGGCAGCACAAGGACCUCGUCUCCGUCGCCCUUCAUCCCGGGUGGGUCCAGACCUACAUGGGCGAUUAUGCAGCAAAGGCGUGGAACUACGAACCUGGACCCCCUGAUACAAUUGAGACCAGUGUCAAUGGAAUUGUUAAGGUCAUUGAUGGAGCGACCCGAGAGACUACGUCAGGAAAGCUUGUGAUGCAUACUGGCCAGGUCCUUCCUUGGUAG